AUGGCCGCCUUGAAAACUUUGCCUACUCGUCCACAGGGCAGAAACGGACCUCUGCUUCCGCGACUGGGACUGGGCCUCAUGAGUGCCAGUGGAAUGUACGGCUCAUCUCCUUCAGACCAAGAAAGGUUUAACUUCCUGCAUGAGGCCUAUAAAAGAGAAGAACAAUUUUGGGAUACGGCUGAAAAGUACGGCGAUUCCGAGGACCUGCUCGGAGAGUGGUUUGCUGCCAAUCCUGAUAAGCCAAAGCACAUCUUCCUUGCCACCAAAUUCGGCAUCAAGCCCAUCGAAAUCCCUCCUGGCCAGACGAUGGACUCGUCGCCAGAGUAUUGCCGCAAGAGCAUAUACAAGCCCCUCGGUCGGCUCGGUCUGCCAUUUAUUGAUUUGUACUAUGAGCACCGCUUCGAUAAACUCACACCGAUUGAGAAGACCAUGUAG